ACGGUGGUGAUCCGGUAGGAGGAGACAAGUGCCAUCUCUUCCGCGCUCGCUUUUCCGAGACGAUUUCUCUGUAUUCAUCGUAUAAAAGCUGGACAGCUGCAAACAAUGUGUCUUUCGUUGUUUAUUUAACUCCUCGUCUUGGUAAAGACAGAAGGCGAUCUCCGACGCAAUUCGAGCGCCUCAUCUAUGCCGUGGAGUCGUGGGCCCCAGCGCACCGGCUUCAGCCAUGGCGGCGGCCAAGCAUACUGCCGCCGACGGCGGUGACACAACGGACGACGAAGCAAGAGCCUCUGCCUCCAAAGUUCCUGAACCUACUCCCACUAUACAAUUUGUGAUAGAUACCCCACACUUUGGAAAUCUCUGCCAUAGAAGAUUGCUGGAUGGAUGGCUUUGGGGGGAAAGAUUCAUCUGUGUUGAAGAGGUGCAGGCUAGUAUGAUGUGCUGGUUGAGGAAAACCAAAUGAACUGCAUCCCUCUACCCAGCCUGAUGAAUCCAUCCUCGAUGGUUGGCAUGUCUUUGAGCAUGGAAAUGCCCCGGAAGCGAAAGGGCAGUGUGGACAACCAGGAAACAAGAUUGACCCCCAUCCUCAAUGCAGAUAUGGAAGAGGAUCAAAACGACACAGAUGGAGAGGAUCAACAUGCCAAAAUGAAAUGUUUCAGGGAGCCACACAGCCAAAUAGAAAAACGAAGGCGGGACAAAAUGAACACGCUCAUUGACAAGCUGUCAGACUUGAUUCCAACAUGUAACCCAAUGUCUCGGAAGCUGGACAAACUCACUGUGCUCAGAAUGGCCGUUCAGCACCUCAAAUCCCUCAGAGGUUCUGCAAGCUCUUUUUCUGACACCAACUAUAAACCGUCAUUCCUGCCUGAUGAGGAGCUCCAAGACCUUAUCUUAAAGGCUGCGGAUGGGUUCCUGUUUGUAGUCGGCUGUGAUCGUGGGAAAAUUGUUUUUGUCUCUGAGUCCAUCACGAAGAUAUUAAAUUAUAGUCGGGUGGAACUGAUUGGACAGAGCUUCUUUGAUUAUGUCCACCCUAAAGACAUAGGCAAAGUAAAGGAGCAGCUGUCGGCUUCUGAACUGUACCCACGGGAACGGCUAAUAGAUGCAAAAACUGGUUUGCAGGUGCAGGCUGACCUUCCAGUGGGCGCAGCACGAUUGUGUUCAGGUGCACGGCGCUCCUUCUUCUAUCGCAUGAAGUGCAACAAAAACCUCAAAGUUGAGGAGAAGGACUUGCAAGCCAGCACGUCCAAAAAGAAAGAGUCGCAGAAAUACUGCACAGUCCACUGUACAGGCUACAUGCGUAGCUGGCACUCCAGUCAGCUGGAAGCAGAGGGCCAGUGCGACGCAGAUAAGCAGGAUAGCUCUCACUUCAGCUGUCUGGUCGCCGUGGGGCGCAUCCACUCCAACUCGUCCCCGCAAGUUAAUGGAGCUUUCCGGGUCAAACCCACAGAGUUCGUCACACGCUAUACCAUGGAUGGCAAGUUUACCUUUGUUGAUCAAAGAGCAACAACCAUUCUUGGUUACCUUCCCCAAGAAUUGCUCGGUACUUCAUGCUACGAGUACUUCCAUCAAGACGACUUAGCGCAUUUAGCUGACCGUCAUCGAAAAGUGCUACGAAGUAAGGAGAAAAUAGACACGAACCGUUAUAAGUUUAAAACAAAAUAUGGCUCUUUUGUCACGCUGCAAAGUCAGUGGUUUAGUUUUGUAAACCCAUGGACCAAAGAAGUUGAAUAUAUCGUGUCAACAAAUACAGUCAUAUCGAAUGAUCACAGUCAAACAAGUCGGUCAGGGAACAAGACUGAAGAGUCUUCUAAGGCUGUAGCAGAAGAUGGAAAGAAAUCUCUUCCGAUAAUACCAGGCAUCUCUACCACACCUGGUACGAUGAUAUACGCUGGAACCAUUGGGACUCAGAUUGCCAAUGAGCUGCUUGACUUUAAUAGAAUGAACUCAUCACCCUCCAGUGGUAAUGUGAGCCCAUUUAGUCUGCCGCUGGACAAAUCUCCACUCACCACGACUCAUCACCAAGUCAACCACAAUGUGAGUGUCAACAACAAUGUGCCAAAUGGGGAUGUGACAGAGGAGGAGAUGCCAGAAAAGUCCAACUCAGAAGAUGAGCUUCAGGGGGCGCUUAUUCCUGGAAGGGAGACACUAAUGGAGGACAGCUCACAGCUAGACCUGGACAGCAUGGUUGAACCGGGCCUUGGCAGUCUUAGUAAUGACGAAGCAGCGAUGGCAGUGAUCAUGAGACUCCUGGAGACAGACUCCAACUUGGGUGAAGGCGAGGACUUUGAAGAGAUGCACUGGUCCUUAUAGAAUCCGCAGUUGAAAGCCGAGACAGUGACAAAAAUGCUCUGUCAGGCUGUGUUUGAUUCAUGAAUCAAUCCUACGAUAAGCUAUGUGAACGACUCUUCUUAAUAGGCAACUGUGUCGCCAAAGAUAAGGAACACUGGCUUUUCUCGGGAGGAUCUACAUGUGCCUCCAAAACCUUACUGCAAUCUGCCUGCCAUGGAAAAAUGAUAAUUUAAUGAGGCAAAUCUGUUGUCAUUAAGAACAUUGUUGAGACAAACAGCGGUUUGGGAGUUCCGCUUAUGUUUUCCACCUACACUUGAACACAGGAUGAGAGUGAUGCAAAAAAUGCACUGAACUGCCCCCCCUCCCUUUUUUUUGUGUUCCAUCGAACUCUGAUGAAAAAGGAGCAAUUCUACUCCUGUUGGUGAACCUCCCCCUUCCCACUUUUGCCUCAGAGCACGUUUUUGUCCCUGUUGGUUUAUGAACAUUGCAUUACCCGCAUGUGCAAUUCAUAAUACCACUUAAAUAGACAUUAAGAGACAAUGGCUCAUCAAUCACCUCAUAUCUGUCUUAUUAAAGCUAUGAUAUAGUUUAUUUUUCAAGUGUGAUAGUAUAAAAGGUGAAUACUCAGGACUGAUGGGGGGGUGAAAAAUAGCCACCCACUAUUAACGUAAAGUCACGCAGUUCUUAGCAGCUGUAGCAGUAUUUAACAAUUUACAUUAUUCCCUUACAUACUUAAACUUGAAACGUGUAAUUGUUUUGUUCACAUGUGCAACUGUGUUCUUACUUUUGGUCUGAUUUAUAAGAAGGUUUUUAUCAGUGGCAGUCAUCUAUUCAGAGAUUUAAGGGAUUAUUUUACGUACUAGUCAUCAUGCAUUCCACAAAUGUUUAUGAUACACGUACAUUUCUGUUGCUGUACUUUGAUCUGACAUUUGAAUGAGAGUCUUUCAGUCGGCGUUACCUCAUGUUUAGUCCACAGUUGUCCUUGCACGCAACACACUACACAGGAAGGCUUGUGUGGGAUAGAGCUAUUGAACCAGUUAGCCUUUCAUGGGUUGGAGGUGUCUCAAACUACUACACACUAAAAAUAAGCAUACACAUUAUUGUGGCAAAAGUAUUUGGACAUCUGCUCAUUACAAAUAUGUAUCUCAGCCCCUUUGCAGCACUAAUACUUUGAACUACUCUGGGAAAGCUCCCUAUUUUAGAGUCACUGUUGUGUUUUAUUACAGUUGUGUUUAAUGGCUUUGUAGGGCCAGGCCUCAUACUUCCUUGCAAAACUCACCCAGGCAUGCAUUUAUGAACCUUGCUGCAAACAUUGGUGCAAAUUGUGUGGGAACAGAAUUGGGUCUUCCCUCCCCAAUGUUUACCAUAAAGUGGAAUGCGUCCAGUUGUAAAAAAAAGUCUAGAUGAAUUAUGUCAAUGAAGGCAGAACUAAUCCAGCUCUUUGAUAUAGUAUAUUUUAUUAGGGUGCAUUUCAAUUUGCAAAAAGUUGUAUUAUUCAUCAUCAAAAAAAUUAACACAUUGUAAGAUCAUCUGUUACCCUGUUAGACAUUUUGUGUAUGUGUGCUAAUGAAGGCCUUUUGUAUUUAAGUGCUUUGUGAAGGAUGAGAUGCAGUGGCUUAUUCUGGAAGAAAACUCGUUGGGGUUUGCAAAAGAGCUGAGACAGGGAUGGCCAUUUAUCUUCCAACAAGACAAUGAUCCAAAACAUAAAGCAAAAUCUACAAUGGAAUGGUUCACAAAUAAACAUAUGCAGUUAGAAUGUCAAAGUCCAAACCUGAAUCUGUGGAAGGGUCUGAAAAUUGCUCUUCACAAAUGCUCUCCAUGCAAUCUACCUGACUUGGAGCUGUUUUGCAAGGGAGAAAAUAGGAAAAAAUGUUAGUAUCUCGAUGUGCAAAACUGAUAGAUAUACCCCCAAAAUAUUUGCAGCUGUAACCGUAGGCGAAGCUGCUUCUACAAAGUAUGAACUCAGGGGGGCUGAAUUAUUUUACAUGACCCACUUUCAGUUUGGU